AUGGGUACUACGCAUUCGCAUUCGGCCUCCGUGAGAGUUUCACCCGUUUGUACCUACCAGCACUGCGAGGGCGAUGAACAACGCAUCGCUCCUAUGUUGGAAAUUAGCCGUUCAACAGGCUCUGAACCCUUCCUCUCCUCCUCACGGUCAUCAUUCCGUCGACUGGCCGCUGCCGCUGAGAACAGCACACACAGCCGAAAGGAGGUUUUCUUUCGCAGUCAUCAACUCACUGAUGCAGGCGUUGGUUUUGACGGUGUUUCUAGUGUUGUCUCCGGUGUUGAGUUUGGCGGCGAAAUCAACAGCAUGUGCAAGACAAUCGACUUCGUGGAUCCCCAUCGUCCGUCGGUUGCUCAUCGGCGCGCCGACUCCCUGCUCCCUCAUAACGGUUUUCAUGACCAUCUCGCCUGUUUUGACAGCAGCACAAACUGGAAAAGGCAUGCUAGUCAAAGGAGGACGAGAUCGAAGCCUUUCAAACAGACCUCCUACAAUUCUACGAAUUCUUCCUACAUUCCAGAUGUCAGUCCCGAUAAUGGCAGUCUAGAUCAGCAGACAGAGACUGAUGCCUAUUCAUCAGCGUUUGUGACUGCAAAUGAGCAUUUACAGUGUCACGGCCGGCCCAACAAAUUGCAGCCCGAGGGCACUGUUUGGAAUCUCAAUGGUUUACAUAUGCUCGAUCAGGCAGCCUACCGUUUGUGGGAAAGUCAGAAUCGGUUGCCCUCAUCGCUGAGGAGGGAAGAACAACGCUUCCCAUUUAAUAUGCCCAUUCAGUCGCCUGGGACUGGCCCAAGCUCCCUAAAUGCGCAACCACAAGAAAAUUCGCCAACAGGCGUCCAUCUUUCCCGGAAUCGCAACAAGUUAGACAUUUUGCGCUGUGACACAAGGUAUCGACUGGCCCAGAGGCGCCAUUUCUCAGAACUGGAUCUACAUUUACAGGGACCAUGUACUUCGGUCACCUCCCCUCCAACACACCUGCCCAUUUCGGCUGCUUACAAUGUGAGCAGUUUUGAGUGCGCGGACCUAACCACCCAGGAGACUCAACUGUCGGCUCAGAGUGCGUCAGAGUACCAGAAAGACACUGUGGCCAUCCAGAGUCCACCCCUCCGUUUGCGGAUUGAGCGCGAGGACAGUCUGGAUCCCUACAAAGGCCAAGUAAACCGAGGCUCGGUCUACUACACUGAUAAGUCUAUUCCCGACUACGGGACUACCACUGAGGCGGGGGAUGAAAAGGAGGAGAGACAGAGUGGUCCAUUUAAGUCUCUCUUUAGCAGUGAGGCCGAGCUGAUUAGUGAAGGUGAUUCUGAAUACUACCACGACUACGUCAACCUGCCAUCACAGCCUCAAGUUCCACAUCAGCACCAACGCACACGCAGCUGUAAGGUGCCUGAAGUUGGGGUCAGUAGUCUCACACCGCUGUCUAAGCCUGACUGUAAGGAAGGUGGCAAUGGGCUCACCAGGCUGGAAGUAGAUCGGACGACGUUUGCUACCGGUGCUAUCCUGCCUAAUCCCUCCUCAAAUCAAGGCCAAGAGAGGCGCCCCUCUAAAUCCAGGUGGCGUCUUUUAACGCGAGGAAAGAGUCUGACCAAGUCCCUCUCCUGUUACGCCCUAAAGUUUUUUAACCAGCAGACUCGCACCUUUGAGCUGAUCGAUGCACCGUCACAGCAAUCACAACAGAAGCCAAAAGGUGGAGCGACGGCUACCGCUAAUUUCCGCAAAGUCUCGGAAGGGGCGACGCGGACCAGAUCAGAGGUAAUAUCGAGCGAACCACCGGAAAGGGAGGGACUGUGGCGAAAGGAUUUAGCCUCGUCGCGCGAUGCUCCACCGCCUGACGCCUUUGACGAUCUGGACAACCUGCUACAACGAGCUCUAUAUGUAAACGAGGAGACACGACCAGUGUCAGGUCCUUGCCGGGAGAAGCGGAGAAAUGUGAUGAACCGAAGCCUGAGUGCUUUUGGCAAGAGGGAGCUUGUCAAUCAUAGGCAGGCAAAGGCGGCACAAAGGAGAGCGCCCCCCUCCUCCUGGAAAUUCACCAAACGUGAUCGUAUAACCCUGCUGCAGACGAGUACACGGGAACUUCUUCACUGUCUUUCCAUGUUUAUACUGCAACAAUGUGAUAGACUCUGUGUGGCUCAUAAAUCCCCUCUCUAUCCCGAGGACAUUGUGUCCUGGAUAAAGGACAUAGACCGAGCACUCCUGCAACAGGGUUGGACAGACAUUACUUUCCUUAGUCCGGCAAAUAUUGUGUUCCUCUUUGUCCUCCUGAAGGGCUCAAUUAACUUCCGAAUAACCUGCAGCCGGGAGCUGCAUUCUAUCGUCAUGGUCUGCCUCUAUCUUUCCUACGGUUACAUGGGGAAUGAAAUCAGCUACCCGCUGAAGCCCUUUCUAAAUGCGGAAAUUCUUUACAGUAUGCUGCACGAGAAGGAACCCCAACGUCUACGCACAAUGAACUCAGCGAACUCAGUAGUUACGCGCAACCCCAAAAUAACUAAUCACUUUCGAGAGCAGUUCUGGGAAAAGUGUCUCAUGGUUAUCCAGGCCAAGAGUCGGGAAAUGCUGCAGCUAAACGCGGACCCGAUUGUGUUCACGGAAAGUAUAGCAGAGUUACGAUCCUAUGGAACACCGGCACUACAAUCGGCUUGA